UUGAUCGAAGAAGAGAGUCGUGGGGCUCGUAUCAAGUGGCGAGCGCUGGACCCAGCGGCUGACGCUUUGUCGCGUGGCUUCCGUGAGGCGCCUUAGUGCGCUGCGGGUGGAAUCUAGAAUUAACGAAAAGGGUUCGAGACUUUGAGUUUUCUCUCUCUCAUCUCUCUCUCAUCUCUCUCUCCAGGUGAGAUAUUACAACGUAACCUAUGGAUUCGAAAGAUGAGAACAUGGAGCUGAUAAAUGAGGCAAUCAAGAGGCUCUUAGAGGAGAGGAAAAACAGUAAAUCCUCCGCCGGCGAGGGCGUUUCCCAAGGUGGUGGUGAUGACGAUGAUGGUGAUAAAGAUGAGGACCGCCUCCUCCUCCACCGAUUGCUCUCCCAGUUGGAAUCAUUAAAAGGCAAUGGCGAGCUUCGGAACUCGGAAACUUCAACCAAAACGGAAGAGGAAACGUCCUCUAAAGACGGCGAAUUGAAGCCGGAAAAUGAGAGUUGUGGCAAAGCAGAUGGCGGUGGGGCUGAAAUUGAUACGGAAAAAAUUGUGAGAGAAGUAAACAAGGUGAAGAAACAGAACAGCAUCACUCACUGGCUGCUUUCUAUCAUGAUUGUGCUCACUGUCGCCUGGCAAGCCUCUGAGGCGACUUUCCUUUGGAAACUCAACGAGGGAUUCAGACACCCCUUUCGAUGCAUCGGAGGGAUGCUGACGGGGAACGGGAAGGACUCGGAAGAGCGCCACCGGGUUCAACCGGAAAAUGUCAUUAUAACGCCGGAGCUUCCGUCUGCCAUCGGCAUCACGUCGAAAAUCUGAAAACGAAAACCGUAAAAACAAGUAUGAUUAGCAUAUGGAAACAGAGAUUACAAGCAUAAAGAUGAAUAUGCCAACAAAAGAAGACACGGCCCAACACUGCAAUAAUAGGUUCUCUUCUUUUUUCUUGACAAGGGGAUGUUUAGAUGGAACUUUCAUCCUUCCCAGCAGGCAGUGCGGAAGAAAAUCCUUUACCUCCUCAUGCAGAGACCGUUUGGUCAUUCGUAUGAAUUAAAAAAAUUCAUGGUUCACUGUGAAGAUGCUACUUAUCACUAUAACUGUUGAUCAGUUCGACACAUAUGGUUUUCAAAUCAUUUUUCAGAAAUACAUCUUGGUUGAUAAAGAAAAUGAACGAUAAGGCAAGAACGCCGCUGGCCGGGACCCAACUCUCCCGAACAAUGGUGCCGAUUAUGUGCGUGUACAUUCAGCACGACACGAUUGAACUUCUCUUGCACAGUUGGGAAAACUGAAACAAACCAGCCAAACCAAUCCAAUCCAGGCACUUUGGUCAGUUAUCCAGAAUUUUUGCCAUUCCUACUAAACGUAACUUGUUGGAAAAGAGAGCUAGAAAGAAAAAACCAAAGAAAAUCUCCCUUGCCGUUGCAAAAUUUAUUUGAGUGAAAACAGCUGCGUUAUCGAUACUACUAUCAGCCGUUCAUGCACAUGUGGUUUGAUAGCAAAUUCCCACCAAGCAAUCACUAGAUAUUACAGCAAAACAGAAAAUUUAUAUGAGGAUUAGUCUUCAAACCUCCAAUAACUGUAUUCAUUUAGACAAUUACCCAGCAAGGUAAGCAUCAUCCAUUUAACCAAUAAUAAUCUCUGAAAUUUUCUCUAAAUUUAGAGAAAAAAACCACAUU